AUGGAUUUAGUAAAAGAUAUAGCUAGAGUGGAUAGCGGAGCAAUUGUGGAGAUGUUGCAGUAUAUGGAAAUAGGUGGUUUUACUUACCAUUGGUACGAAGGCAUAGGGUAUUGCGGGUUAUAUGGGCCAGAUCUUAAGCCAUCAUUACUGGUUAGUAACCCAGAGCUGGUGAAGAGAGUCAUGGUACAGGAUUUCGACUAUUUCCACGAUCGUAGGAUCAUCGAUCUUACUGAUAAGGAUAUGUACUUGAAGGAGAUGUUGAUAAUAGUGAGUGGCAACCACUGGAAGGGUAUCAGGUCGGUCGUAACGCCAACAUUUACAUCUGGGAAGAUGCGCAAGAUGUUUCCCCUCGUUUUAGAGAAGGCAGAUGCCUUGGUGCAACAUUUCAGGAACAUUCAUCACCAGAAGGACGUCUCUGUAAAAAUGAAGUUUUCAUUCUCUCGCUAUGUCAUGGAUGUCAUUGCUGCCUGCGCCUUCGGGAUUGAAUGCAACUCCAUUGAAAAUGAGGAAGCAGAAUUUUCAAAAAUGGUAGCUGAAAUAAGUAAAAUCAACGUCCGGUCAGUGAUAAGGGGAAUGGCCGUAUUACUCCUGCCUAAAUUUGUGCGCGAAGCCCUCAACAUAAAUCUGACCACUCGUGCCAGCUGCUUCUUUCGUGACUUGGUCAUACAGACGAUGAAGUUGAGGCAGGAGUCAGGCAUAAAGCGUGGAGACUUCCUGGACCUGAUGCUGGAGCAGCGUCAGGAGCAACUCCACCAAGAUGGUAAAACACCAAAAUACCCUGUGAAAGAUGAAACAAUCAUUGCUCAGUCCAUGCUGUUCCUCAUGGCCGGUUACGACACCACUGCCAAUACUUUGGCAUUCACCGCCUUCCAUGUGGCCAAACACCCGCACAUUCAACAACGUCUUCGUGAGGAAGUACAGAACAUUGUCAAGGAACAUGGCUCGCUAACCUACCAGGCAAUUAUGGAGGCACAAUAUCUCGAUGCUUGCAUUUCAGGUAGUCAAAGGUUAAAACCAAAUGCAAUAUAUAUAUCUGCUACAAUCUAUUUAUCUUACAGCCUGCCUGGCACAGACGUGAUAAUCCCUAAGGGAAUUAUGGUCACUAUACCCAUCUGGAGCCUUCAAAACGAUCCCCAGUACUGGACAAACCCGACAGAGUUUAAUCCAGACCGCUUUCUGCCUGACAACAAGCAUAAUCUCAUCAGUGGUACCUACUUACCGUUUGGUCUUGGACCCAGAAACUGUGUUGGAAUGAGGUUUGCACUGAUGGAGUCUAAGUUAGUGCUGGCCAAGCUGGUGGAGAACUUUGAGCUCCGUCCUGACCCAGCCAGUCCUGAGCUGCAAUACUCCUUGAUAGCAAUGAUGCCCAAGAAAGACAUCAACCUUAUCCUCACCCCCAUCACUACAAGUAUUUAGAGAGAAGGAAGAAGUAAGGUGGCUGCCCUGAGCACGGAAGACCUCACACCGGCAGCCUCAGACGAAGUAUUACAAUAAUAUGUAAUAUAAAGAGAAAUAACAGGAUUGCACAUCCCAUAAAAUCCAAGCUUCACUAAGUCAAGACCAAAAUAUUAAACUGAAGUUCCAUUGUAUUGUUCAUCUAUAACAUCUGUUUUUCAACUAAAUUGGUGUGGAUCUCUGGGAGACCUUGUAUUUGUUCUACUAUGUCAGCUAAACUUCAUCACAAGUAUUGGUACUGAGCCGCACUUUACUUUUUUAAUCGAGCCUAAACUUGCGACUAUUAUUGGCAUGUGUGGGCCCACUUCUUGCCGAAUAGGACAAGUGAAAAUUUGUGUAAGCAAUAAUUUCACAAAAAUCAUUCUGAACCUAACGAAAAAAUGUAUUUCAUUGUGUUUGUUUGCUACUAAAUUAUUGUAAAACUAUAUAAAAAUAUAAUUAGUUGGAUUAGGCUACAUUAAAUUGAGUUUGUUAUAAUAAGGUUAGGUAACUUUCCUAAGGUUCUUCUGGUAAAACUUGUGAUUUUGGCUUAAAUAGCAAUGCCCUUCUUGCCGAAUAGAGCAAGCGAAAAUUUUUGGAUGCAAUAAUUUAGCAAAAAUCACUCUGAGCCUAAAUACAUUUCAUUGUGUUUAUUAUUAAAUUAUUAUACCUCUUCAAGGGGGGCUCCUUGGCGUGGUGAAGAGGCUCUUGGUCUGAGGAAUUAGACCUGUCAGUCUCCUUCCUCAGACCGAACCUAAUUACCCCCCAGUCCCCCUUCCCUAUCUCAUCCUUCACUUUUUCCUUUCCUCCUCCUCCUCCUCCUCCUCCUCCUCCUCCUCCUCCCCACCCGUCCCUUUUGCCCUUCCUUUUUUGGCCUUUGGGAUUCUUCCCACAGGCACGCUAGUUCCUGGGUAGGGGAAAGGGUACCGGGGUCCAUCCCAUUCCGUUGAGGUUCUUGGCGGUGGCGUAGUUUGCAGUGGAAUCUGGAUUGCCUGGGAAUGUCCCGAUCCCUCUCUGGUAUCCCGGAGGGUGGCUUUGGGUGUCUUUCAGGCGACGGGUGUAUCUCUGGAAGCCACCUUUCGGAUUCCGGGGGUGGUGGCCGAAGGAGGUAUGCUUUGUGGGGGAUAUCCGGCUGCCCUCUCUUUUGUCCACUGAGGUAGCUCGGCAGAUGUGAGGUUGCUAUCCCGGAUUGCUGGUUUACUGGCAUGAAGGGUAGGGUAUGGCACGCGUUCCAUGCUGCAUCUGUGCUACUUGUGGUGCUGAGGUCCUCUUGGGCGCGGAGGGAGAUUUCUGGCCCUUUCAUUCCUCCUAGGAACUAUCCCUCUCCGGUCCCCCCUUUUUUUAUUCUUUUUUAUUUUUAUUUUCUUUUCUUCUUUCUUUGUUUUUCUUAAAAACAAAAAGAAAGAGAUAACCUAACCAUGGAGUACCCAAUCCAUGGCCCCACUACCCCCGGGCCCCUUAUUGUUACCGCACCCCAUUCUGACUUUGUCUCGUCUUUUGGCCACUCUUCAGACACUCCUAAGACCCCUGUAUCUCUUGCUGGUGCUGUUUCAUCACCUGCUUCAGGUGCCGGGGUUUCGACUGACUCCUUCGAUUUGUCUGACCUCUGCUCUCCUCUGACUAUGCUUCCGGCCUCUCACUCUACUGUGCGGCGAUUUUCGAAUCGCCAGCCCGUCCCACGUCGGACCAACUCUGGUCCCACUUCUAAACGCCAACGACAAUCUCCUGAUGACGUUACUUCAUUACCUUCCCAUUCUGCUCGGAAAAGACCAACACGUCAUGCACUCCCUCUUCACACACAGUUUCGGACCACACAAUGGACAAAAUUCUUUACUUUAAGACCGACUUCUUCUACUGCCUAUCUUUCUGACCAUAGUAUUGGCAAAGCGUUCCUACGCCAUGUUGGUAGAGAUAUUUCCUUUAAUGCUCUUAAGAGUGGUUUGCGUAUCAUCACAGUCCAGAAUGCUACCCAAGCUCAUGAUCUUUCUCUUCUUUCACAUAUCGAUACUAUUCCUAUCACUAUCGAAAAACAUCAUUCCCUCAAUUCUUGUAGUGGUACUGUCAUUCUGCCUCAUACCAUAGUCCAACAGAAUUUCCAGAUAUGUGGCAAUGACAUUCUCGAACAGCUGGAACUCCUAGAUCUCCCAAUUCUCAAGGCAGACACUUAUGUUCUUCCUGCCCACGGGCGGAGACGAUACCCUUGCAAUGUGGCUCGUUUAACUUUUGACAGCCAUGAACUCCCAUCCUCUGUUUAUGUAGCAGGACAUCGGUUACAAGUUUGAAAGGUCAUCCCUACACCGCAACAGUGUAGAAAUUGUUGGCGAUUUGGCCACCCAGCAAAAUAUUGCAGAUCUAUAGCCGAAUGCCCAGUCUGUGGUGCCGAUGACCAUUCUAAUACGUCUUGCAGUCGACCUCCCUCUUGCCUUAAUUGACAUUUGGCUCACCCUUCAUACUCUCACCAUUGCCAGGUCUACUUGAAUGAGCGGGAAAUUCGCUGCCUCAAAGAGGCAGAAGGUCUCCCUUAUGCUAUGGCGGUUUCUCAUCUCUGCCUCCAAGGGAGACUACCCCGUGUUUCUUAUUCUCGUGUUUCAAAAAGUCCCCCCACUUCUGGUGUCCCAUCUUUUGCAGCCUCCUCUGUGGUUGCCAGACCCAGAGUCACUGCUGUAUCUAAUUAUUUUGCUGUCCUGGGCUCAGACGUCCCUACUUCAACACCUCAGCCUGUUCUCACUUCUUCGUGUUCUCCCUCACAAACCCCGGUAUCGACAAGACCUUAUAUGACACCUCCUCCCAAUCGUCCCUCUACUUCUCAGAAGUCCAAAAAAUCUCCUUUAACCCCUCCUUCCCCUCAUCCACCUCCACACUUCACCUUCCCAGUCUCUGUACCUGGGUCUUCCCCUUUCACUGGCUUGGUUACAAGUGUGGAGGUUCAUCCUCCUCCUCGCAAUGUGCCUUCUUCCCCUGUCCCCUCCCAAGUUUCUUCCUCUUCUGCCACCUCCCAGGUUUCUGCCUCUUCGGUCCCCUCCCACACUUCUCCAGUUCCCUCCACCCUUUCGCCCCCCCCUACCUCAAUACAGUCCAUUACAGUUCCGAUCUUUACUCAAACUCCUCCUCCUUCCAUCUCCAAUAUUAUCUCCCAUACGACGUCUCUGAACUCCGAAACAAUUGAAGCAAUCUCUGAAUAUAUUGCAGAGACCAAACCAUCAAUGGACACUUAUCCGCCCUCUGUUCCUUCUCUUUCCUCUUCUCCAUCUGCACAACUCCUUUCUUCACAGCACACCAUUCCUUCGCUGCUUGAACGUUUACCUCUGCCACUGCAUGUGGACUUUUCUAACCCUUCUAGUCCAUAAGUAACCUUACCUGUGGAUUUCUAGUAUCUUUAUUGUUGCCAACCAUGGCCUAUUUACAGUGGAAUAUACACGGCCUCAGGGGUAAUCGGGGUGAGCUUCAGACGUUGCUCUCCCAAUUUUCCCCUGUUAGUGUUUGCUUACAAGAAUCAAAAUUAAACUCUGCUGUUAUCUAUCCCAUCUCAGGCUAUAAUUUAUUGUAUUCUUCGGAUCCUUUUCCUGAUGGGACCUUUAAUGAAAGCACCCUUCUUCUAUGCACUGAUAUUCUGUUCCAUCAGCUAUUUGUUCGUACUUCGCUGCAUUACACAGCAGACCGUAUCCACCUGCAUAGGUGGUAUACACUCUGUUAUUUGUAUCUCUCUCCUUCUCAAGCAUUAUCUAUUCCGGAUAUUGUCUUUCUUGUUUCGUCAUUACCGCCACCACUUCUGAUACUUGGCGAUUUUAAUGCUCAUCAUUUUCUCUGGGGGAGGUCUCACUGUGAUUCUAGUGGCAUUCAGCUAGGGGCUUUUCUUGCUUCCCACCCCCUCCAUGUUUUAAAUACAGGUACUCACACCCAUUUUGCUCCUCGUACUCAUACUCUCUCUUGCAUCGAUCUCUCAGUCUGCUCUUCCUUCGCUGCACUAGACUUCACCUGGUUUGUUCUCCCAGGUUUACAUGACAGUGAUCAUUUUCCAAUCAUUCUUACUUCCAUUUCAUAUUCACCACCUAACGCUGGCAAUUUGAUCAGGCAAAUUGAGACCUUUACUCACAACUAACUGUUUUUAGUGAGGUUCCUUCUUCGUCCUCCAUUGAUGAGCUUUUACACCUCUUCUCGUCCUCAGUUUUAACAUCAGCUUCUAAUUCUAUACCCCAAAUCUCGGGCAGGCAUUCUCAUAAAUGCGUGCCUUGGUGAUCUCCUGCUUGUGCUCAUGCAGUACGUUUGAAACAUGUUGUGUGGGGCAGGUACCAGCAUAAUAGAACCACUGAGAGACUUCUUGAUUUUAAUCAGAAGCGUGCGAUCGCUCGCUGUGUCAUACAUGAUGCUAAACGCACUUGCUGGCGAGAUUGUCUCCAACAUCACCUCUGCUUCCUCUAUGAGUGCAGUCUGGAAAAAAGUACGGAAACUGAGUGGUAAAUAUUCUCCUGACCCGGCUCCUGUUCUGCAGGUUGCCGGUGUUGAUAUAAUAAACCCUCUAGAUGUUGCCAUUGAAAUUGGCAAUCAUCUGGUCUGUAUAUCUCUGGGGCUCCAUCUCUGCCCCUCGUUCCAUUCCUCAAAGUCUGCCCAAGAGUUAGCACCCUUGGACUUUUCUUCUCUCAGAGAAGAACAGUAUAAUGUGCCUUUUACACUUCAGGAACUGGAGGCAACAUUCUCAGCUUGCCGAUCAUCGACAGCUGGGCCCGACUACAUUCAUAUUCGUAUGUUACAACAUUUACAUCAGUCAGCCCUUGCAGUCCUCUUAUGCCUUUUCAAUCUUAUUUGGUCACAAGGAGUUCUUCCACAGCUGUGGAAAUCUGUCAUUGUUCUCCCUUUCUGCAAACUGGGUACUACGGGACAUGAAGCCUCCCACUAUCGUCCCAUCGCUCUUACCAGUGCAGUUUGCAAAGUGAUGGAACGUCUGGUAAAUAGAUGAUUAAUGUGGUAUUUAGAGACACACAACAGUCUCUUCACUCGUCAAUAUGGCUUUCGUAAGGGCCGUUCUACCAUAGACCCCUUACUACGUUUGGAUACGUAUGUUCAUAAUGCCUUUGCGAAUAACCACUCAGUUAUUGCCAUAUUUUUUGACCUUGAGAAGGCAUAUGAAACAACUUGGAGGUAUAAUAUUUUGGCCUAAGCCCACUCCUUAGGCCUCCGAGGCAAUCUACCAUCUUUCCUUAAGAACUUUUUAACUGACAGACAUUUCUGUGUUCGAGUCAAUAAUGUGCUCUCUUCGGACUUUGCCCAAGCUGAAGGUGUUCCUAAGGGAUGCGUUCUGAGCACAACACUUCUUUUCCUUGCUAUAAAUGAUUUGGCCUCUGUUCUUCCAUCCAAUAUUUGGUCAUCACUCUAUGUAGAUGACUUCACUAUUGCUUGUGCAGGCACUGACUGUCACCUCAUUACAGUUUCUCUCCAGCAUGCGGUCACCCGUGUUUCCAAUUGGGCCACCACGCAUGGGUUAAAUUUUCCAGUACCAAAACUCACCAAAUUACUUUCACUAGAUGCUCUGUCAUCUCCGAUCAUCCUUUGUACCUCUAUGGCUCCCGUAUCCCUGAACGUGAUGCAAUCAGGUUUCUAGGCCUUCUCUUUGACCGUAGGUUAUCCUGAAAACCCCACAUUACCUCUCUAAAGGCAACUUGUCACAGCCGGCUGAACCUUCUUAAAACCCUUGCUCAUCUUUCAUGGGGGAGCUGAUCGUCGAACUGUCCUUCGCCUGCAUUCAGCCCUCAUUUUAUCAAAACUCGAUUAUGGUGACCAGAUCUAUUCAGCGGCCUCUCCUGCUACUCUCUCUAGCCUUAACCCCAUCCAUCACCAAGGAUUACGUUUAUGCAUUGGUGCUUUUUGCUCUUCCCCUGUUGAGAGCCUCUAUGCAGAAGCGAAUGUUCCAUCCUUGUCUGAUCGCCAUGAUGCCCAUUGCCUUUGCUACUAUGUGCACUCUCACGAUCUCCGCAAUCCUUCCAUUUAUAGAAUGGCCACUGAUAUUAGUAGACAUUCUGUAUUUGUUCACCACCCCUGUUUUCUCCAUCCCUUCUCUCUUCACCUGCAUUCGCUCUUGUCUUCCCUUCAGUUACCGCCUUUAUAUGUUCAUGGAGCAUCUCACUUUCCCCUACCCCCCUGGGAAGUUCCAGUUGUCCGGGUCUGUUCUUUCUCACUCCCUUGCUCGAAAACCCAACUGCCUACGGUGGCUUCCCGCUUUCUUUUUCUUGACCACUUCCACUCUCAUUCUCAUGCCAUCGCCGUGUACACAGAUGGCUCUAAAUUUUCUGACGCAUCGGCUUCGAAGCAGUGUUUCCGGACAGUGUCGUGCGAGGGCAUUUACUGUCUUCGGCUAGCAUUUUUACUGCUGAAUUGUAUGCCAUUCUUGCAGCACUUAUUCGUAUCACAUCUGUGUCUGUGUCAUCAUUUGUGGUUGUCUCAGACUCCCUUAGUGCUCUACAGGCUAUACGGAAAUUUGAUACACCUCACCCUCUAGUUCUCCGUAUCCAACUUUGGCUAUGCCGUAUCUCUACCAAGCAUGAAGAUAUUGUUUUUUGUUGGGUCCCUGGUCAUGUUGGCGUACAGGGCAAUGAAAAGGCAGACACUGCUGUGCAACCAGCAGUACAUGACCUACCAAUUUCCUAUAGAGGUGUUCCAUUUCCGGACUAUUUUGCUGUAAUAGCUAUCCACCUUCACACCCGUUGGCAACAACGUUGGUCUGCUCUGCUCAAUAACAAACUUUGUUCUAUUAAACCGAACAUAGGUUACUGGCCAUCUUCUUGUCACCAGUGUCGAGGUUGGGAGACUACUCUCUCCCACCUUCACAUUGGCCAUACUUGUCUUACUCAUGGAUAUCUCAUGGAGAGGCGCCCUGCUCCUCUCUGUGAGAAUUGUCAGGUCCAUUAUCGGUCAGCCACAUUCUAUUAGACUGCCACUUUAUCAACGAGCACACAGAAUUUACCUCCAGCGUCGUCUUCGCUCCGCUGCUCUCUCUUUACCUUCCCUUCUCGCUGAUGGACCCACCUUUCAUCCGGACUCUCUCAUUGACUUUUUGACAACAACUGACUUGCUCUACAAACUCUGAUGAUACCUUCAGCCCUUUCUACCUCAAUCUCUUGCUACCCCUGCACUAUCCCCUGCUGUUUUCUGUAACCUACUAAUCAUCCCUCCCCCCUUUUGCCUCCCAGUACGCUUGCUUACUUCCCUACCCUGCAGUGCUGUAUAGCCCUUGUGGCUUAGUGCUUCUUUUUUAUUAUAAUAAUAAUUAAAUUAUUAUAAACUUAUCUAAAAUAUAUUUAGACUGAUUAGGCUACAUUAAAUACCGCUUGUUAUAAUAAGGUUAGGUAAGUUUUCUGAGGUUCUUUUAGUACAAAAUUAUUAAUUUUUACAUUAACACAAAUGAAAAAUAUAUAUCUUUAAGCUAAUUGCCCAAUUUUACCUAUUAUUAUUAUUAUUAUAUUAUUC